CAGUCGGUCGCAGCCAUGGCGGAGGGAGGAGAGGGAGAGGAGCUGCUCCGGCCGCCGCUGCCCGCCGGCGCCCCGGGCCCCAAGCGCCUGUGCUCGCGGGCCUGCCCGGCGGGGGGGCCCGGCGCGGCGCACCCGCGGCCCGGGGCGGCGGGGGCCGGCGCGGCGCCGGGCGCGGGCGCCAGCGGGGCGCCGGCGGCGCUGGCCGGGUGCUGCCCCGCGGCGGCGGCGUCGGGGGGCGGCGGCGGGGCGGGCAGCCUGCUGCAGCCCGAGUCGCUGCUGGACGCGGCGGCCAAGCGGGUGGCGGGCAGCUGGGCCUUCGAGCGGGUGGAGGGCCGCUUCCAGCGCAUCCCCGAGCCCGUGCAGCGCCGCAUCGUCUACUGGAGCUUCCCCCGCAGCGAGCGGCAGAUAUGCAUGUACUCCAGCUUCCAGCCGGGCCGCGCCGCCGCCGCCUCCCCCGCCGCCGCCUCCCCCGCCGCUGCCGCUGCCGCCGCCGCCGCCGCCGGGGGGGGACCCGCCGCCGCCGCCGCCCCCGCCGCGGGCGCUACGGCCGGCGACGAGAGCCCCGCGGCCGGGCCGCCGCCGCCGCCGCCGGGCGCCGCCGCUGCCGCCGCGCCGCCCGGCGAGGGGCUGCCCUUCCGCCGCGGCAUCCGCCUGCUGGAGACCGGCGCGGUGGACAACGCGCUGCAAGUGGGUUUCCACCUCAGCGGGACAGUCACAGAGCCUGCGACCGCCACCGAGCCAGAGGUGACCUACAAGGUUGCCAUCAGCUUCGACCGCUGCAAGAUCACAUCAGUGACAUGUGGCUGUGGGAACAAGGACAUUUUUUACUGCGCCCACGUUGUGGCACUCUCGCUGUACAGGAUCCGCAAACCGGACCAAGUCAAACUCCGUCUUCCUAUCUCAGAGACCCUUUUCCAGAUGAACAGGGACCAGCUCCAGAAGUUUGUUCAAUAUUUGAUCACGGCACACCACACUGAGGUGCUGCCCACUGCCCAGAAGUUGGCUGAUGAGAUCCUGUCAUCCAAUUCGGAAAUUAACCAAGUGCAUGGUGCUCCUGAUCCCACUGCUGGGGCCAGUAUUGAUGAUGAGAACUGCUGGCACCUGGAUGAAGAGCAGGUCCGAGAGCAGGUGAAGCUGUUCCUAUCUCAGGGAGGGUACUAUGGCUCGGGGAAGCAGCUCAACUCCAUGUUUGCCAAGGUCCGGGAGAUGCUGCGCAUGAGGGAUUCCAACGGGGCCAGGAUGCUGACGUUGAUAACGGAGCAGUUCAUGGCUGAUCCUCGGCUCUCCCUCUGGAGGCAGCAGGGGACAGGCAUAACAGAGAAGUGCCGGCAGCUCUGGGAUGAGCUAGGGGCACUGUGGGUGUGCGUCGUGUUAAACCCACACUGCAAGCUGGAAGAGAAAUCCUGCUGGCUGCGGCAGCUGCGGAAAUGGGGCGAGAUGGAUGUGUGUCCCUUGGAAGAUGGCAAUUACGGCAAUGAGCUUCCCAAUAUCACCAACGCACUUACGCAGAGCUCCAGUCACAGCCAAGACUCCCUGGCCAGGCCCAGACGAACUGUGUUCACCCGUGCGAUUGAGGGCUGUGACCUCCAUUGGCAGGACAGCCAUUUGCAGCGCAUCAUUAGCAGUGACUUCUAUGUUUCUCCCUCUUACCAGCGCGAGGGUGAGACCCUCCUCUUCAACUCCCAAGGGCAGCCGCUGUGGCUAGAGCACGUCCCGACAGCCUGUGCUCGGGUGGAUGCCCUGCGCUCCCAUGGGUAUCCUAGGGAAGCUCUCCGACUGACUGUUGCCAUAAUCAACACCCUGCGACUGCAGCAGCAAAGGCAGCUGGAAAUAUAUAAGCAUCAGAAGAAAGAGCUGUUGCAACGAGGGGCAACAACCAUCACUAACUUGGAGGGCUGGGUAGGCCACCCUCUGAACCCCAUCGGCUGCCUCUUUCUCACACUGACUGAAGCCUGUAGAUUAGAAGAGGAAAAUUGCCUUGAAAUAUCAGACACAGGGGACUCCAAACCCCCGGUGUACCAACACGUGCCCGUGGCUACUGGCAGUCAAGACGGCGCCGAGUCCUACCUGUCCCUGGCCUUAGAGGUGGCACUGAUGGGCAUGGGUCAGCAGAGGGUGAUGCCUGAAGGCCUCUAUGCCCAGGACAAGGUGUGUCGCAACGAGGAGCAGAUCAUAGCUCGGCUGCAGGACCUGGAGCUGGACCCGCUGCUGGUGCAGACCCUGCGGAAGCAGUGCAUCCUGCUACUGGAAGGUGGUCCCUUCAGCGGCUUGGGAGAAGUGAUCCACCGUGAGAGUGUCCCCAUGCAUACCUUUGCCAAAUACCUGUUCUCCGCCCUGCUGCCCCAUGAUGCAGAUCUAGCAUACAAGCUGGCUUUGCGGGCCAUGAGGCUGCCUGUGCUGGAGACCACGGCACCGUCGGGUGACGUGACGCACCCUCACCACCUGGUCUCGGUGGUCCCCAGCAGAUACCCGCGCUGGUUCACCCUGGGGCACCUGGAGUCGCAGCAGUGCGAGCUGGCCUCUACCAUGCUCACAGCAGCCAAAGGGGACAUGCUGCGCUUACGCACGGUACUGGAGGCCAUCCAGAAGAACAUCCACUCUUCCUCCUUGAUCUUCAAGCUGGCCCAGGAUGCAUUCAAGAUUGCCACACCAGCUGACAGCAACUCAGAUACGACACUGCUCAACGUGGCGCUGGAGCUGGGGCUCCAGGUGAUGCGCAUGACUCUGUCCACCCUCAACUGGCGGCGGCGGGAGAUGGUGAGGUGGCUGGUGACAUGUGCGACAGAAGUGGGAGUGAGGGCCCUGGUGAGCAUCCUGCAGAGCUGGUACUCGCUCUUCACCCCUACGGAAGCCACCAGCAUUGUGGCUGCCACAGUGAUGUCCCACAACACCAUCCUGCGCCUGAGCCUGGACUACCCACAGCGGGAGGAGCUGGCCAGCUGUGCCCGCACCUUGGCACUGCAGUGCGCCAUGAAGGACCCCCAGAACUGCGCUCUGUCUGCCCUGACGCUCUGUGAGAAGGACCACAUAGCCUUUGAGACUGCCUACCAGAUUGUCAUUGACGCUGCCUCCACUGGCAUGACCUACACCCAGCUCUUCACAAUUGCCCGCUAUAUGGAGCACCGGGGCUACCCGCUCCGGGCAUUCAAACUGGCCUCGCUGGCUAUGACUCAUCUCAACCUAGCCUACAACCAGGACACGCACCCGGCCAUCAAUGAUGUGCUCUGGGCUUGUGCCUUGAGCCACUCUCUGGGCAAAAAUGAGCUGGCAGCCAUCAUCCCGCUGGUGGUGAAGAGCGUGCACUGCGCCACAGUGCUCUCGGACAUCCUUCGCCGCUGCACAAUGACGGCCCCAGGCCUGGCCGGCAUCCCCGGCCGCAGGAACUCGGGGAAGCUGAUGUCGACCGACAAAGCGCCCUUGCGGCAGCUGCUGGACGCGACGAUAAGCGCCUACAUCAACACCACACACUCCCGGCUCACCCACAUCAGCCCACGGCACUAUGGGGAGUUCAUCGAGUUCCUCAGCAAGGCCAGGGAGACCUUCCUCCUGGCACAGGAUGGGCACAUACAGUUUGCCCAGUUCAUUGACAAUCUCAAACAAAUCUACAAAGGCAAGAAAAAACUGAUGCUGCUGGUGCGAGAACGGUUUGGGUGAGCCCCGGCUGCUGCCACUGUCACUGGCAGAGUCUGGCCGCGGCACAGGGACACAAGAAAGAAGAAGGAACGAAAGUGGAGAACACCUUCCCCCAGUCGGCAGAGGCUGCUCUGUUCUGUUCUUCUGUUUUUUAUUUUCUUUCUUUUUUUUUUUCUUUCUUGGAUUUAACCAUUUCAUACACUGAGAAGAUCCAGAGAUUCUUUGGGCACAAACCAAAAGGCAACCACGGGAAAGGAUGGUUUGCUCAGCCCUUGCCCUCCUUUGCCAAUACCAAAAGCUAACCUGGAAAUCUAAUACCUCCUUCCUGAAGGAAGCGGUCGCUGGAGGGAUCCGAAGGUUGCAAAGUAAAAAAAUCUUAAAAAUUACGUGGAGGAAAAAAAAAGGAAAGAAAGAGCGAGCAAAGAAACCUGCAACACUAGAACCUCAUGCGUCACCAAAAGCGAUGGCUUUGCAGAGUGCUUCUCCUGCCCGCCCGAGACAUGCAAACUCCUCUAUUUGUGAAGAUACUUCAAUAAAAACAAAUUAAAGUAACUGUUCUCAGGGAUUGCUUACUAAAAGUAACACAAAAAAGCAUUUAUGAUACUGUAAAUACUAUAGUAUAUGUGUCAAUUAUUAAAUUGUAAAGUUAUAA